GGCACCCAUGAUACGCGUAGUGUGUGUGCUGAACCGCCGUGAAGACGCUGCGUACCAGUCGUUCGUGUGCCGAUUUUCUUAACUGUUUUCCGCGAUAGUUAUUAUUCUCAUCCUGGAUAAUUGACUUGGCCAGCCUGCGUUUAUGGCUUACGCUUCCAAGAGCUGCUACAGGACGGAAAAGCUCGCCCAUCGCCGUGUACGGCUGACAAAGAAUCUACAAUCGGAACGAUGUACCGCAUCACAACUUCCCUCAUGAGAAAACACGAGCUACUCUGCGGAUCCCUUCGGUUAGAGACAGUAUACUUGAAAAAUUUGAACACCGCUGUUGGUUUGCUCGAUACAAUUUAGUGAUAGCAAUUUCAAUCAGUGUUAUUUGUGUGCGUAAUGGGAACUCCGUUAAAAUCUGCUCUUCUAAAGCCUGGCGUGGUGUCAUCGCUGUUCGUUGGUGAACAGAAUUCACCGGGGACAGCAUUCUCGAAGAGCUCGAGAGAUGAGGAUGACAUCACAGCAGAGCCUGAGGGAGCACCGAGUCUGUCUUGUGAUUUGGCACAGGGUGUAGAAGCAUCGCCAAAGCCAGCAUGUGAACCGAACCAUGUUGCAAAUAAAUCGAUUCAAGUGCGACUACAAACCCGUCAUGAAGGAACACAAGCCAAUGAAAACAAGAUUCUGUCAACCCACGCUACGCAAACAGAACCUCAAGGUUAUUGUUCAGGCCCCUUAUCCUGUGGGUCCUUGGAACAGCUUUAUUCACUGUCGUCUGUACGAGGCCGACAUCAUUUCUGCCAGCAGUGCACCUAUGUGACCCUGGACAAGUCAACCAUGAGCAAGCACCUUCAGAAACACAUGGGCGAGCCUCCUUUCCAGUGCCACUUUUGUCCAGCUGCAUUCAUUCAUAAGUCCAAGCUGGCAACUCAUGUGCACACCCACACAAAAGAGCAGCCUUUCUCCUGUGCCCGCUGUAGUGCAAUCUUUUUGCUGAAAGGCCACUUUAUUGAGCAUAUGCGUACUCAUACAGGAGAGCAUCCCUUCUCCUGUACGCACUGCAAGGCAUCCUUUACGAAAAAAUGCCACUUUAUCGUGCAUAUGCGCACUCACACAGGAGAACGGAAAACAUUAGCCUUCUU